AUGGAAGACUUGUUCCGAGAGUACGCCCCGUAUGUUUAUCUCCACCCGGACGAAGAACACCUCCCCUCUUCGGUGGAUUGGUUUUUCAGCAAUGGCGCCUUGCUGUAUAUAAAAGGGGACGAGUCGCACCCGGUCCCCAUCUGGCCAGGCGGCGCCAACCUCCCUAAGGUAGAAGAUCCCGACGGCUCCUUCUGGAUGGACCUCCCGGCCGAUGAUGCAGGCCGGGAUAAGGUUAGCGGCGGGGAUCUAGCCAGCGCGGAAGUGUACGUCCACUUCAAACCGUCCGCGAUGUACACAGAUAUUCAGGUGUGGAUAUUUUAUCCAUUCAACGGGCACGCGAGUGCGAAAAUAGGGUUAAUUAAGAAAGUGUCGCUGGGGAAAGUAGGGCAGCACGUGAGCGACUGGGAGCACGUGACGCUGAGAGUGAGAAACGGGGAUGGGGUGCUUGACAAAGUGUACUUCUCCCAACACAGCGGGGGGAAAUGGGUGGAUGCUUAUCAGCUGCAGUUUCAAAGCGGGAAUAGGUUUAUAUGGUAUUCUUCCAAGAACGGGCACGCUGGGAACAACGAGCCGGGGCUGUAUCUGCAGGGGCCCGGGCACGGGGUCGGGAUAAGGAAUGACUGGGCCAAGAGCGACAAGCUGGUGGACACGGCGGCUAGCUUUGUGAUUGUGGCGUCGCAGGGGGAGGCGGAGGCCGUGGCGCAGCCGCCGUGGUUGAGCUAUCAGAGCAAGUGGGGGCCCACCAAGGAGUAUGAUACGGCAGCGGAAGUGAGGAGAGUGAGGAUGUUUUUGCCGGGAAAAUUGAAGAAACUAUUGGAUAAACUGGUGCAGACGAUUGAUCAACUUUUCGGGACGGAUGGGCCCACGGGACCCAAUGUCAAGAAGAAUUGGUCUGGUGAUGAAUGA